UCUAUUUUUUAUUUCUAUUUUCCUCUUAACACGUAAUUUACUGGAUGCUGUUUUUUUUUACAGAAAACAUGGCAAAGGUUGAGAAACGUAGGCAUGCUUCAUGAUGCGAUUCCUUAUCCCAACAACAGAGUUAAUCAUCCCAUGCAUGUCAAGGUAGCCAGAAGACGCUUCCAGUCUAAGAAGGAUGCUUCAUCCUUUGGAUGGGUGUAUUCUGGGUCCCAUAACUUCAGUGCCGCUGCUUGGGGACACCCAAUUUCUAAUUCACUCAGGACAAAGGCUGUUGGAGCUGUGAAGACAAAUUCUGUAUUGGGUUCAAGACUUCACGUCUGUAACUACGAGCUUGGUAUCGUUUUCAUCGUUCCACCAUCAGAUGCAAACGGUAGUCCCAACCAUAAGAGUAGGAGUUUGGAUGAUAUCAUAUUGCCAUUUGUUGUGCCUGCUCCGAAAUACAGACCCAGUGACACACCAGCAACAAAACAGGCUAUGAGAGAAGCAUUGGCUGAAUGGGAGAGAGAGAUAUCUCUGGAAGCAAUUGCAUCUGGAGAAUUGACGGAAGAAGAGAUCCCAGAUGAAGAAGAGGAAGUAUUGGAGGCAACUGAUUAUGUCGCGAAGGAGCGGGAAGAUGAGAAAGCUUAUGCUGAUAUACUAUGGAGCCAAAGUUGAUUCAUCUGAGCUUCUGAUUAAAUUGCUUGUUGAGAGGAAAGUAAUAGAUAGAUUGGAGGGGGUUUGAUAUAUAUACACUUGGUUUUAGGAUUGUAGAUUUUAGAGGUGCCAUUCUUUGGGGGAUUUGAAGGGUUGGUAUACCAAAGGACUAUUCUUUUCAUUGAUUUGUGAUUGUAUUGUGGGUUGAGUAGGUCUUUAGAUUUCCAUUGUUUAUAUACUAGUGGUAUGAACUGAAAUAAAGAAAGAAUGAUAUUGCAAGAAAGUGUUGAUCUGUCUUCAUUUUCAUGCUUGCCGUCAAUUUUUAUAAGCAGUGGCCUUGGAGUUUCCUA